CAUCGAGACAUUUGUGAUGUAAAAACUGACAUGUUGGUCGGCUCGCCAGCCAUCGCUCAGUGCUCCCUCUUUCGCUGUCAUGGUCCGCCCGCUUUCCAGGCACGGUGGUCGAAUUUGGUCCGAAUAGAGUGGAACCGGGACGUGGUCUGAAAGGCACAAAGAGGCCGGCGCGGGCUGACUGUGACUAGAAGCAGAGCCGGACACAGAACCUGUAGAGUUUGCUUGGAUGUGCGGGCGCUGCUGCUCCGGCUGCCGGGGCUGCCAACGCUUUGCGGAUCUCCGUGUGUGAAAGCACAGAGUCUGAGCCGGAGCCGCGGGAAUCAACAGUUCCCAGCAUGGAACUACCAGGAAAAAGCCGCCGGAAUCCCAUGCAAUGACUGGGUUAAAACCAACAGCCUCGGGAUCCGGCGGGACUGGAGCGUGGAUGUAAUCGCCUGUUUUUUUCAUAUAUAUAUAUAUAUAUAUAUAUAUAUAUAUAUAUCUAGAACUGGCUGGAGCUGUAUUCGCUCAGGCUGUUGGUAGGCGGUGUCUUCUCCCCACACUGUUGCCAUCUGGCGAUUCCUGGAUUUCUCUUCUCAUCAAACUUAGUGGCGAAGUAUAAAGACGAUUAAGGCUUCAUUUUCCUGUCAAGUCCUGCUUGUGGUGUUGCAGCCAGAAGCUCGUGGAGCUGGGGAGCGUGCGGUCUAUCUCAGCAAGUUGUGGUGGUACCUACACUCCGCAGAGGGUGUAACAGCUUGAUCGUUGUCGCGACCUUGGCAGUGUGAUGAAAAGAACAGGAUCUCCUCUUAACAUUUUGAAGAGCUAAUUAGUAAUCCGGCACAAAAAGACCAGGCGAUGAAUAAUGCUGCCACAAUGAAUGACAUGUCUACAGUAGAUGAUGAGCUGCUGGCUUCAACGUCCAUGUAUCUCAGUGGGGACUCCACUUACUCAGUUCCAAUGGGGGCUGAACAAAAAACCGUGUUUGCAUUUGUAAUUUUCUUAUUGGUUUUCCUGAUAAUCCUGGUGGUCCGAUGUUUUCGGAUAUUAUUGGACCCCUAUAGCAGGAUGCCUGCUUCGUCGUGGUCUGAUGGUAAAGAUGGGCUGGAGAGGGGACAGUUUGACUAUGCCUUGGUGUGAAGUCAAAUGCCGCAAACCUUGCUCUGCUCUGCUGCUGAUCUUCUCUUGUGUUUUAUUUUAACGAAUAAUUUUCCUCUUUGUAAUUUUAAGGGGUAACCUUCUAGGACGUACAGUCUCUGAGCUUGCUAACGGUGUCUCAGGACACUGUAGAUGUGCUGCCUGCUACUCAGUGAGUUACAUUGUUAUAUCAGCUUGUGACUUAACAGCGGAGUCACUGUCUCCCAGUUCCUGGAUGUGGAGCUGUCGGGGCUGCCUGGCAGACCGACGCCCGUGACCCCCUUAAUUAGCUGUAGUCCAAAAUCCUGUCGUUGUUCCCAUAGCUCACAUCAGUCUCAAUCGACUCUCCUGAUCACAAGGGAGAAUUGCGUUGACAAGGAGCAGGGCACAGUUUGUGGCAACUGAAAAGCCGGGAUGGUGUUUCUGAUUGUCAAACGAGAGGGACCGAGAGGUACACUGGAAAGUGAGAGUGUGCAAGGGAGAGAGUGGGACCCAGACAGCGGCUUCAUUUCGGUUCUGAGCUCCAAGAUCUGGACAGUUAUGGCAAGUUCCUUAAACACAUGGGUGGUCUAAAAGGUUUACAAGACCUCCACUGGAUUUCACAGUUAAUGCAAUUAGUGUUACUUGAGCAGGCUGUUGCUUUUCCACCUUUUAAAAGCUCUUUUCAUUUCUCUGUUGUGGCAUAUAUUGGUUCCUCUAUGUGCUACAAAACAUGAACAGACAAUCCUAGAAUUUCCAGGCAGGGGGAUCGAAUUUCUAUGAUUACCCAACCUUCCUGAGAAAAACUUGGUCGUUAAUUGGGGACAUUUCUAGUUAAAAUGGAAAAAACUAGGAUUAAUAUAUGUACAUACAACUAAUCUUCCUAAAUUACACCCUUAUGAUUCUCAGUACUGACUUGAAGUAUAUUGUCCUUGUGUGAGUUGGUAUGAAUCACAAAGGCUUGUAUAGGUCACCCGUUAUAAUAAAGCCUCAGAGACAAAAAGCAAACUACAUUAUGAGUGUAUGCAACCUCUUUCAAAAAAUAACUUGAAUUUCAUCAGAUAUUUUAUUUACAUCCUGAGCUUUAAAGAACAGAAAUCAAAUAAAUUUUAAAAAUUCACCAAGGCCAUAACAAGGAUCAAUCACUCAGGCAAACUAUGGCUUCCCUCAGAUAGCCUUGAAGGGAACGUUUAAAUGAACAAAAUGAGUACUUGUGGCUGGAGUGAUUGUUCCUUACAUGCUAUUUGCAGUAUGUUGGGUUCUCAUUGAUCCCAACAUGACCUCCAACGUGUGGACAAAGGUUUGUGGUCUAAGAAACACCAAAUGGGUCCAAUUUAUCACAAAAGGCAGCAUAUAAAUACAUUUCUUUUGGUUGGCUGAGACUAAGUCUAUAAUUACAACACAAAAUCCUCCACAACUCAAUCUUUCUGAAGAAUAGUUAGUCCCAAUUCCAGAUGUGAGACUAACCCCUUGCUAAAGAGUAGGGUUUCUGUUCUUGACGCUGGGAUACAAUCAUUUAGUUAUAUAGCAAGGGAACAGGCCCUCAACCUAACUUGUCCUUGCUGACUAAGGUGCCUUCCUGAGCUAGUCUCAUUUGCCUGCAUUUGGUCCUUAUUCCUUGAAACUUUUCUUAUCUAUGUACCUGUCCACCUCUACUACUUCCUCCAGCAGUUUCUGGAUCCCGAUAUCGGUUAGAAUGCAGUGUUGAUUUGCAGGUUCCUUCUUAAACUGGAGUACAGCAACACUCUGAUACUCCAGCACCCCGGGACUUCGGUAGUGCCAGACCACUAGAUUUCAUAUUAAUACCCAAACACACUUUUAUUUCUCUUUUUUUUUCCAGAGGUUACGUGUAGUAUAGUAUAAUAAAUUUCCCAGUGAACCUUGGGAGAGGGGGGUAUACGAACACUUAGGAUAUAGCUCCCUACCUUCCCACCCCUUGGUGUUCUAGACAUUAGCCCUAGAUCAGGCCCACAUACCCAACUCCGGGCUCUCACCUCAUACCCUGCUUGUACCCUGGACUCCCCGACUUACGUACCAGCUGAAAAACUGACUCAGAUGCGGGGCUGUCGGGAAUUCCGGACAAUUGAACGCCAUAAAAUAUAACUGGAGAAGUGUUCAGUAGCAAGAAUGUGCUAUGUGUAGUGUCAAUCUAUGGACAAUAAUUGUUGCUUUAAUACUGUUAGGCCUUUAAGGACAGUAUGGUGUAACUGACUGUUUUUUGGUGUUGCUACAGUGUUAGUAUAGAAAGUUUUAGCAGCAGUCUGUUUCAAAGAAGGCCAACUGGCAAUAUAUACAUGCUGUCUAGCAAUGAUCGCUCCUUUGUUAAUAAGGUACCUUCUUUGAUAUUCUAAAUUGUUAACUGUUUGCAUUAUCUUAGGGACUGAAUAAGGGAGACACUGAGACAUGGUACCGGAAGGGCCGGUUGGUAGAAUUAUGAAAUUUAUAUGCGUGUUCAAAUCGGAAUAUUGGAUGAGCAGAAUGUGCAUAUAUUGACCCCCUCCCAAUUGAGAUAGUGUUGGCACAUUCUGAAAGACAAGGUUGUAUCACUAAAUAGAGCUCUCUGAACCUCUGGAUGAACAAGGCAUGUAAUUUGUCUCAACGAUGAUCUAUUGAAUUGGCUGCAGUAAAUAAACCAGGACUGACAAGAGCUGUUGUUGUUGUUACUCAAUGGUCUUGUGCGGAGAAAAUUGCACUGUAUCGUAAAGUCCGCAAAUAAGAUUCAGAAGAAUGCAUUAGGAAUGCUACAAGCACAGUGCAAAUUGCCUAGAAAUGAAACUGUUGACUGUUACGAGAUUUUGCCUCCAGGAGCAGCUUUGGCAUUUUCAACACGGAGGAAAGAUAAAUAGCAGAUCGUUUGCUAUUUUGCAGAUUGGAAAGGCUCACUCACAAGAGAUAAGAUUAUUUAUGGAAUCCAGGAUUAAUCCUUGAGGGAACAGUUGUUAUGUGUGAUAGAGUUCAUUUCGGAAAAUUAUAUGCAGAUAUCCAAAAGGAAGGCUAGAAAUGAUGUUUGGGCAACAGCAGGGCAUAUACGCAAUUAAUGGAGAGAUGAAAUCUGGAGGUCACCGUUGACUCAAGCUAAAAGCCUUGAUAUUGAGGUGCAGGUUAAAGAAACUAAACUUGAAAAGGCAAAAAUUGAGUUCUUUUACUUAAUGGAUUAUUUGACCACCAGAGAUGGUCUGAGGUUAGAUCCAGCAAAAAGACAAGUGAAGGAGAUGCUGAGCCCAACAUUAUGGCUUUCUGAACAGGUUAUCCCUGAGCAGAUGUUAGAACUAAAAGCAACCAUCUUUUAAUCAGAGAUUCAAUCUAAAUUCUGGGGAAAAGUGAAGGACGUCAGAGGAUAUAGCAUAAUACAGAUCAGUUGGAAACUUGGGUGGAGAAAAAGCAGAUGCAGUUAAAUCCAUUCAAGUGUAGAUGAUGCAUCUGAGGAGGGAAAAUGCAAGAGGAAAAUAUACGGUAAAUGGCAGCACCGUUAGAAGCAUUGAUGUACAGAUGAAUCUCGGGGUGCAAGUCCAUAACUCCCUGAAAAGGCAUCAUAGGGGUACGGGCAUGCUUGCUUUCAACAGUUGGGGCAUUGAGUAUAAAAGUUGGGAAACCAUAUUACAGCCCUAUAAAACUUUAGUUAGGCCGCAUUUGGAGUGUUGUGUGCUAAUCUGGUUGUCGCAUAUAGAAUGUGGAGGGUUUUGAGAGCGUGCCCAAGAAGUUUACUGGAGUGUUGCCUGGAUUAGAGAGUAUUAAUGAUAAGCAGAGGUUAGCAAACUUGCAUUGCUUUUUCUGGAGCAUCGGAGGUUGAGGGGGUGACCUGAUUGAUGGAGGCAUAUAAAAUUAUGAGAAGCAUAGAUAGGAAAAGUAGUCAGUAUUCCCCCCCCCCAUAUAAAAUACUAAAGAUGAGAGGGAGAAAGUUUAAAAGAGAUGUUUGGACAAUUUUAUUUUACACAGAGAAUGUUGGGUACCUGGAACACACUGGCAGGGGAGGUGGUGAAAGCCAAUACUACAGCAAUGUUUAAGACAAGUUUAGACAGAUGCACGAACCAGCAGGAAUAGAGGGAUACAGAUCAUGUGACGGCAGCUGAGAUUAGUUAGACUGGCAUUGUGACCGGCACAGACGUGGCGGAUCAAAAAGCCCGUUCUUGUGUUGUUCUGUUCUACGAUGCCCACAUCAGACCAACUACAGAUACAGCAGAAAGCACGAGUGACUUGACACAAACUGACUUGACACCUGGAUCAGAUUACAUCAUAAGGAGUUACCAAGUCUCCUAUUGGGGAACAGGUGCCAUCUUAAAGAGACCAUGGAAGAGGUUUGUUGGACUAAAGCAGAUAGAGAGACACAAGGAUGCACUACUGGUGCUCAUAGUGAGAACAGUACCACAAUCAGUUCGGACAAAAGUGGGUAGGAUGCAGAAAACUUACGUACCGUGCUAAGGUCAGUUAGAUGUUUUGAUUCCUUUCCCUUUCUGUUGUUAAAGGAAGGGUGUAAAAUAUGUGAAAUAUGUGUAGUAUGGUGCAUGGAGUAAAAAUGUAGCUUUAAUGCUGUUACCCUUUUAAGGAUUAUAUCAUGUGACCUGUUGCUCUGAUGGUCCAGUAGUGUUCGGUGUAGAAAGUUCCAGAGGUAGUAUGUUAGAUCAUGUUGGAUUUUCGUUUAUGAAGUACCUCUGUUCAUGUUUUAAAUGACCAUUUUCCAGUAUCUGAGAGACCAAGGAAAAAACAGAAGCAAGAGAAGCUCCACCAGUCCUGACCCAGCCAUCAUCAACCACUUGCAGUUUGCUGUAAUUCUGCAAACAUUGGCUGCUUCCUGGAGUAGGUAAAGUUGUCAGUGUCUGCAGGACAUGCUGAUCAGUGAGGUAAAGUUCUUUGCCAGCUCUGUGGGUACAGACAGACAGUCCCACUGGAGAUGGCAUGGCUGGGAGAAUGAGGAGAGCAGGGCAAAUAGCUGGGAAAGGCUGAAGGAACCUCCAUUUCCCAGGGUGUUCUGGAAACAGUCCCAAUAACCAAUCCUCAAUGAGGAUUAGCGUGCAAGAUAUCUUCACUGAAACUUCCCCUGUUCCAGUUACAAUUCCAGUCUCAAAACCGGGCGAGGACUGUGGCUAGUACAUUGACUAUAGCCAUUAUGUUUGCAGGCUGGAACUGGAGCCAUAAGACUUAGGAGCAGACUUAGACCAUUUGGCCAUCGAGUCUGCUCUGGCAUUCCAUCAUGGCUGAUUUGUUAUCCCUCAACUCCAUUCUCCUGCCUUCUCCCCUUAACGUUUGACACCCUAAUUAAUCAAGAAUCUUUGCCUCAAGUAUACCUAAUAUCUUGGCCAUCUGUGGCAAUGAAUUCUACAAAUUUACCACCAUCUGGCUAACGAAAUUUUCCUCAUCACUGUUCUAAAUGGACAUCCCCGUAUUCUGAAGCUGUGCCCUCUGGUCCUAGAUUUACCCACCAUAGGAAACAUCCUCUCCACAGCCACUCUAUCUAGGUCCUUCAACAUUCGAUAAGUUUCAAUGAGAUCUCCCCCCCCCCAAUUCUUCUAUACUCCAGCGAAUACAUCAAAUACCUCUCAUACAUUACCCCUUUCAUUCCCAGAAUCAUUCUUGUGAACCUCCUCUGGUCUCUCCAAUGCCAGCACAUCCUUUCUUAGAUAAAGGGCCCAAAACUGCUCACAAUACUCCAAGUGCGAUCUGACCAAUGCCUAAUAAAAGCCUUAGCAUUACAUCCUUGCUUUUGUAUUCUAGUCCUCUUGAAAUGAGUGCUAACAUGGCCUUCCUAAGUGGCCUUCCUUACCACUGACUCAACCUGCAAGUUGAUCUUUAGGGAACCCUGCAUGAGGCACAGACCAGGUCUCACAGUUUGCUGUUUUCUGUCUCACAGGAAGGUCACUUAUGCUCAUUAGAGAAACAUUCUGCUUCCUUUCCAGUGACCUGAUACCUGUGUAGAUUGUGGGUUUCCCAGGUGCAGAAAGCAUGGAAGUUGGUUAGCAAGGCCAUCUGGCUGGUGUUUGACCACAGGAAUGAGUCUUGGAUGCCAUUGCCCAUCAUUGCCUUCACAUCCAACACUGGCCACUAAACGACCUCCAACAGCUACCUUUUUUUCUUCUUUAAUAUGACUUUCUUAAUCCCGUGUUCUUUAAUUUCAUCAUCAAGUUUCCUGCGGGGUAGACAGAUGGACUGAAAAUCUCCUCUGCUUCUGGGAGUGAUGUUUUGUGGAUCAGAGACAGGUUCCUCACUCCAGAUCAAUGUGGUCUAUUGAUUAAAACACACAGCUGCAUGGAAAAAAAUGACAGCAAGAACCUAAUGAUCUCUUCGGAAUAUCCCACAUAUCUGAGAUCCCUUGAACGUAUCCUCCCUUCCAACUUGGAGUCAUUGGGGAAGAGAAUAGUUGGAAAAACAACUAAGGUCAUUUUGGGGGAAUAUAUCAGACAUUUUGCUCAUUGAGAAAGGAUCGAGUGCUUUCCUGGCAUAUAUGAUGAUUAAACUCUUCUCGGGCUUCUAGCCGAGUACAGGUAUAACUGAUGUUUCGAUGACAAACUCUGCCAUUUUCAUCAGGGAUGAUGCCUGGGCAUGUCUAGUCUGGUGGUAUAUUUACCCCUGUAUUCUGUCCCACUUGAUUGGUUGAUCCUCAUCCAAUCAGGUUUCUGUUGUCCCACCUUGUUUUAAAAUCAAAUUCCAGUUCUUACUUAGAGUGAGAUCUUCAUCUUUGCUAAAAUCCUUUCUCCCUAGUUUCAUUUUAAUGGCUGCCUUUACGGUCCCAAAAGUCAUUGGCAUGGCACAACAGUUUUGUUCUAUCAAAGUCAAUCAUAUGGCCAUUGCAAAUGUAAUGUUCUGCUACCGCCAAUUUCUCCGGGUAACCCAAAUGGAUACAUCUUGAUGCGGGUUUCCAUUGUGCACCCCGUCUGGCCGAUAUAUACGCUGCUCCAUAUUCACAGGCAAUCCUGUAAACACCAGCCAUCCUGAGUCCCAGGUCAUCUUUGAAUUUUAACCAAGAUGAAGGUCUCACUCUAAGUAAGAACUGAAAUUCGAUUGUAAAC